AUGUUAAAACAAUACGAAAAAGACAAAACAGGAAAGUCACUUUUAAAACAGGGGAAAAAAUGGACAGAGCAAUAUUUAGGAAAAGGAAGCCAAGAUAAGUGCAUAAACAGAGAAAUAACAGGAAACGCGAAAAGGCUAAAGCAACUAUGUAAAGAAAAUAUAAAUAAUGAUACGGAAGGAAAAUGGACAGAAAAGCAUAUGCAUGACCAGAACAAGAGAGAAACUAACACAGAACAGGUAGAUAGAGAAAGGACAUUCAGAUGGCUUCAUAAUGGAACUCUAAAAGGAGAAACAGAAUCAAUCAUUGUAGCAUUUGUAGCAGCACAAGACCAAGCAAUAUCAACAAACUAUAUUAAGAAUAAAAUACACCGACAAAAAAUAAACCCUAAGUGCAGAUUAUGCAAAGAAUAUGAUGAGACUAUCAAACACAUUACAACAGGAUGUCCAGUACUUGCGAAAUAA